AUGCCAAACUUGGCGGAGCAGGCGAAGAUCACCUCGUCUACCAAGCCUCCCACCCCUGCUACUACUCUAUUGGAUCUUCCACCAGAGAUCUUAUGCAUGAUUGCGGUCCUGCUCGAUGAAGAACAGCUACCAACACUUCGCCUUAUCUCUAAGCAGGUCUGUUAUCGCUUUUCGGACAACUUCGCCAAGGUGAAGUUCGCUUAUCUUCACCACCAAAUCACGGAGCCAAGUCUACAGAAACUUAUCAAAAUCACCAGCCACGCAGUAUUCAGCAGAUACGUCAAAUGUAUUGAGUUCUCGACUGCACGCACCGAGAGCUCUUCGCAAGACACUUCAAAUCCCAUAUGCGAAGAAGACAGCGAAGAAGAUAGCGAAUCUCGCAAGUCUGGACGUCACAUUGCUAUGCUUGUCACUGCGCUGGAGAAUCUCAAGCAUCAUGGCAACCACCGUGUCAGUCUUGGAGUCUUUGACAAUCUCUACGGCUACAGGAUCAAGCUUUUACGUGCAAUCGACGACGUUCCAACUCGGUGUAGAACCUUAGGCCAUGGUUAUGUCAAAUCCGUUGACGCCCGAUCUAUGGAUGUCAAUCCGCAUCAAAUCAUGCUCGCUGUCCGCGACGCCGCCAUAAUCUCCAAAUACUCCUCACAGCAAUCAUUCUUUAGUUCAGCCUUCAAUUCGGACAAAUUGACCAACUUCAUGACGGAUGAUCAAGCCAAUGCCUUCCUCAUCAAGGGAUCAAAUCAGUUCAAGUCAAACUUGAUGCUUAGAUUCAUCGCGUUGCGCACGGUUGAGAACAACGUAAGCCAAAUUCGCGACCUCAAGGCCCAUUCCCUCACUGUCGAAGUCAAGACUGGUCCGUCACGCCUCCUCUCGCUGCAAGGUCAAAACAUCGCACUCGACAAGUGGGUUUUCUGGAGAGCUGUACGCACUGGUAGGCUCCUUCAAAAGUUACCAUCAGUCUUUUUGACAACAGAUNAUCAAACAUUCAUAUUGAAGGACUUGCAGUUAAAGAGCGAAGGCCUAAAUUCGCUAUGCUCAAGAACAAUGCAGCAGACUUUCGAGGGCCUAGAGAUCUCUAACAUGGGCGUUUGGAUUAGCAGAGACGCUAGCGAUCUUGGGCCAAUUACGUUCUUGAACAACUUCAAAGGACGCUCCAACAUCAAGAAAUUCAAGAUCUCGAACCUGAUCGUGAACGCAAAUUUCCGCGUGGCUCACAGAGGUGGCACGAGGAUCCCUCGGCCGCUCAGAUUGGCUGCUGAUGAGAUCGUUGCAGAAGGUCACGACCAAGUCCAGAGCGUUUUCGGCGACCUUAUCGCACAGAUUCUGACUUGGCGUGAACGCUUCACCAGAAACUGA